UAAAUCGACUUCAAGCCUAUGAAGUGAAUUUGCAUACAAAUCAUGAAUCAUUUUCUAUUUCUUAAUUGCUUUGUGCUUUGCAUGAGUUUUCUAUUCGUUGUGCUCAAGCGCUUUCGAUAAAUGAUGCGAAGCGAGGAGAAAAAACUUGUACAAAUUAAUAUCUGGACCCUGCUCUAAUUCAGAUUCAUAUUGAAUUCAAGAGUAAACAAUGAAAAAAACCAAUAUUAAAAAAAUACAAUAAGUUCACAUCAACUUUGAAAUGUUUUAAAAUAGUGAAUUUUUGAGCACGUGUGAGACCCAUUUUUUGACAUCCGUAUCAUCAAAAUCGCACUUUGUUACGUUAAAUUAUUUUCGUUGGUUAAUGAUCGGAUUUCGAUGUGAAAUUUAUUUUUUAUUAAAAUAAAUCAGUGAAAUUGGUUUCAUUGAUCGCUUUGAAAAGAAAAAACGAACACACAAUUUCCUCUACUCGAUAAGAGAACUUCAAAGCGAAUCGCGAUAUUACAUUAUAUCUCAAUUAGUGGUUGGACCAUUUUGUUUCGCCAGAAAUUAUAAUUUCACUCGAAAUUGGUGUAAUUUUCCCUGAAACAAUUUUAACAAGUUCGACUUUUCUCCUUAUUUGCUACGCAGAGUCACACCGACAAACAUACGGCAUCAAAUGCGAAAGUUAACUAAUUCCAUUUCUUCACUCUCUUUCCAUCGGCAUAGAGCAGCAAGGCCAUUUGGAUAUUCGCAUUAUAUUUCUUUUAUUCAACGAUCAUAGGCGCUCAAUUCAAAACGAAAUUUAAAUUUUUAAAUUAGGUUUUUUUUAGCCAAUUUUAUAAAUGAGCCAUCACAACAAAACACGAACAACAGACAACAAAUUCAUUCGUAUUGGAAACUGAAUUAAAACGUGAAAAGAGAAAGACGCACAGUUCAGUUUCACCAUUCAUAUCAAAAUUAUCACAUCACACAAACUAUUUGAUUGAUGCACUACAUUUGCCCGAGAAAAAAAAAGCAUUAUUGAACAUUCAAUCGAAGCGAUAUUUUCAUUCUAACGAGAUAAUAUACUAACUCAAUCGGCUGUGUUUGUUGGUAGCUGCAACGAAUCCGGUCAAUUUUGUUCCACUUGUUGAUUCAUUCGAGACUUGGUCCAUUGGAAACUUUACCGCGGGAAAUGGUUUCACGUCGAAAGAUUUUAUCUCGUUCGCGAGAUGAUCUGAACCUAGAACAUCAAUAUCAGCAGCAACAAGACGAAGAAGAAGAUGUUUGGUAUCAAAAAGAUAAGCUCUAUAAGGAACACAUUCAAGAAGUUUUAGAUAAGUGGACUCAAAUCGAUGACGAAAUAUGGGCCAAGGUGAUCGUAUUCGAACGUAAUCGGAGAGUGGCCAAAGCAUAUGCACGAGCACCAGUAUUAACGAUAAAUGGCUCUGACGAUGGUUUUGAUGGUAUGAGAAUCGGUUUAAGUGGUUUCGAUAAUCCAAUGAGAGACCCAAAGACGGAAGAACUAAAGCGGCAUGUCGGACAGGGUGUUAAAAUCAAGAUGGAUGACGCUGGUAAUAUUUUAAUUCGACGUUAUGCCAAAAGCAACGUUUAUGUCAAAAGUACAGCAGCAAAUGCUAAUGAUGAGACGGCCAUCGGAGCAGAAAUCUUGAAACAACCAAAUUCUGCAUUAGAGAGUGAAAAAAUUGUUAAGUUAUUUGAUAUGAAAAAGUUUCAAUCAAAUGUGAACCGUGAAUUGAGGAGGGCAUAUCCAGAUCGUAGGCGAUUAGAAACGCAGUGCCUUUCGCUAGUUGCAUUCGUUAAAGCUGAAAAUGACAUUUUGGAUUGCCCAAUAUGGGUGCUUAUAGUAAAUGUAGUAGCAAUGGAUAUGCUGAAGAGUAAACUACCGCCAGUGCAUCGACCACUCGAUAUAAAGAAUCGGCCAAGGAUUCCAAUUCCAGAUGAAGACCCUUACAGCAUAGCAGGUAAUGGUGGGGGUAGUGGUAGUUCGGGUAGUUCUGGUUUUGGCAAUAGUAAUAGCGCUCCAGGUCAUGUAGCAGCCACCCGCGAACAAUUAUUAUUACAAACACAAAAACUAGCGUCACGUCGUAGUGAGAAACCACCGAAACUGCCGCCACGCGAUAAUAUUUAUCAUCCACAUGAUAUUCCAAAGCCUGACUAUGAUGACAUCAACGAAGAUGAUCGAUUGAAAGCAUUCCGUGUUAAAUCAGACAAAGGGCGAGAUCUAAACAAAAAAUAUGAUGAUCCCUACUACUGUGGUUUACGGGCGCGUGUACCAAAUUUCGUGGUAAAAUCAUCGAAAAACAAGGCUAAAGAUAAUUUGUCACCAAUGAAGAGAAUAUCCGUAUCUAAUUUACAACACCCAGCCGCAUCAUUGGCGUCACUGCACCAACUGCAUCAGAUGCAUCCUCAACACUUGUAUGGUAGUCAUCAUGCGCACUCAGCACAAUAUCCACACCAUAUGAUGUUACAUACUAGAAGUUUUGAAAGCGGAAUUGAUUCUGACAUGAUCGAAUCACCAUACAAUCAUAUCUACGGGCGGUUACCGUUACCAACGCGCGGGUAUAUUCCUCAGCAGAGAGCUAUGUACAUCGGGGAAUGGGACUGAACGUUUGCAUCUGAUUCAAAAGAAGUGACUUAAAACAUUAAGACAAAUCUUAGAAGAUCUUGAAAAUUGUACUUCCUUUCUUUUAAGUUUCGAUGCUGUCUUUUUGCGCUUUCCACAGUCGGUUUUCUUUAAUGUUCAUUCACAACAGGAAACAUUGUUGAACGUUCAAUCUUUCUUUCUUUACUUUUUUUUUACUUAAAUUUGGGAGGGGGCUCCCAAACCAACUUGACCAAUUUUAUUAAAUGUAUUAAAUUUUUUAUCAGUUAAUUAUUUAUUAUUACUUCGCUGCCAAUUUUAUGAUGAUGAUGAACGUUGUAAGUUAUUGUACCAAACAUUUGAAAGUAAAAGGUAAACAAAAAAAUGUUGGAGCUAGCCACAUUCAGUUUAAUACUUAAGAUAAUGGAAAAGUAGACGCCAAACCAGUUUUCACUGCACUAAUGAACGCGCCAUGAAGAGAAUUGUCUGUCUUAGGAGAAAAAAAAUCAACAAGAAAUGUAAAAAAUGUACUAUUCAAUCAAUAGAAUAUUGUAGUGUGUGAAUGUGUGUGUAUGUGUUAGAAAUUGCCAAAAAAAAACGUUCGCUACUGACUUCUUUUUAGUGAAUGCCAUUUUUUUUAAUACCAAAAGCUAUUUUUGAAAUAUACAAAUUUACCAUCCGCUUAAAAAUUGUUUCGGUUUGGCUGAUUAAAAUCUAUUUGAGUGUUAUUGAGCCGUCAAUGCGUAUACAGGCAUUUAAUUGUAAUCAUUGAAAAUAGCUUUAAUUAAUGGUACUUUUUUUCUGAGCGAUCAGAUGUUAAAAAAAAAGAAAGAAAUAUAUUCAAUAGCAAUAUCGAUGCAAAGCCGUCCUUAUCAUUGUACCGAUAAGGAUUGAUUUGCUUAUACGCUUACAUAAACGCUAUGGCAGUCUGACAGGCAUUGACUAAAGCUACAAAGUGCAUUAUAGUUGUUCCAAAGUUCCGUCUAGAGAAUACAGUGAAGAUCGUAGCUAAAUCACAAAUCAGAUAUUGUUCAAGCAUAUGCGAACUAUCUUUGUCCCAACAACUGUCAGACAACUUUUAAAGUCCCAUAAGCGUAUAAGGGCUAAGUUUUGCAUAAAUUAGUCACUAAUUGAUUCAAAAAACAAAAACAUUGUAAUGAAUUUGUUUUUUUUUAUAAAUAUACAUUUUUAAGAGCUUAGAAUAGUGAAUCAGAAUAUUUUUUUUUGUAUAGUUCUUCUAAAUAAUAGUUUAAUAGUUUGAAAGUAAGUAGGGCCAAAAUUAUUCCAAUAGCAUUGUCCCUAUUGACAAUCUAUUUGGAAUAUGUUCAAACAACUUGCAUGGCAUUUAAAAAAAAUUAUAUAAAAUUGUUCAUAUGAAAAACUGGCAUUUUCGUAGCAAAAACGGUUUUUGGAAAACCCAAAAAUUUGCUCAAGAAUCCAAAUAUUCAUACUAACUGUAUCAGAGUCGAAUACGACUUAAGUCUUCACAUUUACACUUCGAAGUAAACACAUUGUGAUGUGACACGAAUAAUUGCAAUUUUUUUUAUGCUAAAUGCUGGUAAUAUCAUCUUGAAUUUUUUUUUCUCUCCAAUACUUCGGAACCAUACGCAUGUUCAUAUGUAAAAUAUUUAAAAGACAUUGUACAUAUGCCCCGGAAAAAUACAAUCAAUAUUAUAAUGGCUGAAUUUCGGGAAUAGUUGAUCGAAUAAAAGAUACACAAAAUUGUUGUAGCUUUCUAAUUAUUUUGAUGAUACUACAGAAUAUGUACCAUUCAUCGUCACAUCAGUUUUUAGAUGAAUAUAAUCAGAAUAGAACAAGAAUUUAUGUUUAGAUCGAUUUUUUUUAGAUAACAAUUCUCAACUAUCUUUUGCACUUCAUUAAUUCUUUCUUCAAAAAACCAUGCAUAUGUGAAUUAGAAUAUAAAAUUGUAAAAUGGUAGUAAAUUGUAAUUUUUUUCUUUCAAAUAUUAAAAAGGUGAAGGUAAAUAAAAUGAAAAAAAAAUUUAAAAAA